AUGGAAGCCCUUUGUCAAGAGUGGGAAAGGCCUUCACGGAAUGAGAAGGGCAUCUUAAAUGAAAUCGAUCCCAUACCCGCGAUUGCGAUUGAGGAGUUUUCCCAGCUCAAGGCACCAAGAUGCCCGAGUGCGCCAUGUUCUGGUAGAUUACUUACACAUUGGAUCGGGAAGAGAGAUGGGAAAAAGACUGCAAGGGCAUAUGGUACGCAAAGGAAAUCCGAUUUCGGUCAAGGACUGCCUCUUCCGGCCCCUUCCGGCCAAGUCAACUCGGCCCCGUGGAUAGAGGAUCCCAGAGAAAUCGAUAUCCUGUUGGGAUCUUCGUCUGUGCCGGGCACGUCUGUUGAAACGGGCACGUCUGUGACUCAACCUAGAGCUGGACCAGUAAACCCAGAGGCGGCCGACUCCUCCCAAACUUCUGGAGAUCCAGUCGCUUCCCCGGGGGAGGAAGCUGGUCCGGCUAAUCAGACCCAACGAGUGGUCCCCUAUCCGUAUCAACCGGAUGAAGUGAUAGGGGGAUUGUGUUCUCUCCAUCGAACGUCGCCUUUUGGCGAAAGACUCCAAUCCCUCUUCCGAGGACAUACAAAUGGCUCGGAUUCACACCGAAGACCUAUUCGAGGUCAAGGUUGA